AUAAGAUAAUGUAUGAGGUUAAAAGUUUAUCAGAAAUGAAAUAUCCGUAAAUAAGAAGAUUCAUACAUGAAUUGAUAAUUAACAGUUAGACUGGCACUAAGUAAUAAACUGAAAAAGAGAAAGUAAAAAUGGCAUCACAGAAGAUUGUAAGAAAAAUAAUAUCGUCUGCAUUGAGUCCAAAACCUGUUGGACCAUAUAAUCAAGCAGUACUUGUAGAUCGUACUUUAUAUUUGUCCGGAUCGCUUGGUGUUGAUGUCAAAACUGGAGAACUCGUUAGUGGAGGUGCUGUUGCAGAAGCUCGUCAGGCUCUUAUAAAUAUGGGAUAUGUCUUAAAAGAAGCUGGAUCUGAUUAUAAUAAAGUUAUUAAAACAACAAUUUUCUUAGAAGAUAUGAACAAUUUUGGUGGUGUAAAUGAAGUCUACAAAGAAUUUUUCACAGAAAAUUAUCCAGCUCGAUCUACAUUCCAAGUUAGCAAAUUACCAAUGGGAGCAAAAUUUGAAAUCGAAGCUGUUGCUGUUGUUGGUGAGCUAGAAACAAUUUGAAUAUUCCAAGUUAAAUUAAAUUACAUUUAAUUUUUACAAACAAAAUAUAAUUCAACUUGUACAAACAAAAUAUACUUGUUUUCAAAUUAU